UUUUACAGGUCCUUUCUCCCUCCCCUGUCCCGGAUCCGUCCGUUCCUCCGAUCGGUUCCAACUUCCAACCUCCGAUCCCAACGAGAAAGCCAACACUGACACCUGCCUGCUCGCUCGCGAGAGACGCGGCACGCGGAGACGUUGCAGCGAUCGAUCGCACGGAGGCCCGCUUGCAAAUGGUGGGGGCUGCUUUGUUGCGUGGGCGGCGGCAGCGGCGGCGGUGAUGGGCGCGGCGAGCUCCAGGCUUGAGAAGGCGCUGGGCGAGCAGUUCCCCGAGGGCGAGCGCUACUUCGGCCUCGAGAACUUCGGCAACACCUGCUACUGCAACAGCGUCCUCCAGGCGCUUUACUUUUGUGUUCCUUUCCGUGAGCAAUUACUGGAGUACUAUGCAAAUAAGAAAAGCACCGGAGAUGUCGAAGAUAAUAUGUUAACAUGCUUAGCUGACCUGUUCUUUCAGAUCAGCAACCAGAAGAAGAAAACUGGUGUUAUUGCUCCUAAACGUUUUAUACAACGUCUGAAGAAACAAAAUGAAAUUUUUCGCAGCUAUAUGCACCAGGAUGCUCAUGAAUUUCUGAAUUUUUUACUGAAUGAGCUAGUUGACAUUCUAGAGAGAGAAUCUAAAGUCGCUACAGAACUUUGUGAAAAUUCCUCUUUGAAAAAGGAUUCAAAUGGCCCUGUAAACAGCCAACUUAAUGGUACUAAAAAAGAACCACUUCCUACUUUAGUCCACAAAUGCUUCCAGGGCAUAUUGACUAAUGAAACAAGAUGUCUAAGAUGUGAAACUGUGACUGAUAGAGAUGAAACAUUUUUUGACCUGAGUCUGGAUAUUGAACAGAAUAGUUCAAUCACCAGCUGUCUUAAAAACUUCAGCUCAACUGAGACUUUGAAUGCUGAGGAUAUGUUCUUCUGUGACAAAUGCUGCAGUUUGCAAGAAGCACAGAAAAUAAUGAAGAUAAAGAAACCACCAAACAUUCUUGUAAUUCAUCUCAAGCGCUUCAAGUACAUUGAACAGCUUGGUCGCUACAAAAAGCUAUCAUAUCGGGUUGUUUUCCCUCUGGAGCUUAAACUUAUUAACACUGUUGACAACUCAGACUUGGAAUAUUCCCUUUUUGCUGUGCUAGUUCAUGUCGGAAGUGGGCCAAAUCAUGGCCACUAUAUCAGCUUAGUGAAGAGCUGCAACCACUGGUUAUUCUUUGAUGACGAGAAUGUUGAGAUGACUGAUGAGUCCAUGGUACAGACAUUCUUUGGCUCAGCACAAGAGUUCAGUGGUAACACUGAUAACGGCUACAUACUCUUCUAUGAAAGCCUUGCUGAAAAAAGUUGAUGCCUUUUCAUAUUUUGCAAUAGUUAUGCAGUCAUCAUUUUAUUACCACACUGUCUGCUCCUGACAUUAUAGAAGAUUUAGUUAAUUAGAAUAAGUUGAAUAAAAGGCAAUUCAAUUUUAGAUGUCAUUUAUGGAAUGUUUGGUAGAUAGUAAAAAAUGUGAAAGGUUCUGUGGAAGGUCUUGUUUUCUAUGUAUUUUCUGUUGUUUGGUUUAUGCGUACAGGUUGUAUCAAUCCUGGGAUAAUGUUUGUUUGAAGUUCAUCAUGUAUAAAAAAUAUGCUUGUGGAAGCCUUGUUUGGCUCUGGUAAAUUUUUGUUUAGAAACAUAAAGCU